AUGGCUCAACACCCGCUCGUCCAACGGCUUCUCGACGUCAAGUUCGACACGAAACGCUUUGUGGCACUCGCCGCUCACGGAGGAAAGAACUUCCCAGAUGCAGAGGGUCGCAAGUUCUUCGCCGAUCAUUUCGAUGUCACUAUUCAGGCCUCCAUCUUGUACAUGGUCGUCGUAUUCGGAACAAAAUGGUUCAUGCGCAACCGUCAACCAUUCCAACUGACUGUUCCACUCAACAUCUGGAACUUCCUUCUCGCCGCCUUCUCCAUCGCCGGAGCCAUCAAAAUGACCCCAGAAUUCUUCGGAACCAUCACUAACAAGGGACUCGUCGCUUCCUACUGCAAAGUGUUCGAUUUCACCAAAGGAGAGAAUGGUUACUGGGUGUGGCUCUUCAUGGCUUCCAAGCUUUUCGAGCUCGCCGACACCGUCUUCUUGGUUCUUCGCAAGCGUCCAUUGAUGUUCCUCCACUGGUAUCACCACAUUCUUACCAUGAUCUAUGCCUGGUUCUCUCACCCAUUGACCCCAGGAUUCAACAGAUACGGAAUCUACCUUAACUUUGUUGUCCACGCCUUCAUGUACUCGUACUACUUCCUCCGCUCGAUGAAGAUUCGCGUACCAGGAGCCAUUGCUCAGGCUAUCACCUCUCUCCAGAUCCUCCAAUUCAUCAUCUCAUGCGCCGUUCUCGCCCAUCUCGGAUAUCUCAUGCACUUCACCAACGCCAACUGCGACUUCGACCCAUCCGUCUUCAAGUUCGCCGUCUUCAUGGAUACCACCUACUUGGCUCUCUUCAUCAACUUCUUCCUCCAAUCCUACGUUUUCCGCGGAGGAAAAGACAAGUACAAGGCUGACCCACAAAAGAAGAAGAAGGAUCAAUAA